AUGGCGAGCUGCCUGCCGCCCUGCGUGAUCGAUGGCGGCACCGGGUAUACGAAGCUUGGCUAUGCAGGAAAUACAGAACCUCAGUUCAUUAUCCCAUCAUGUAUUGCAAUCCGAGAGUCGGCCAAAGUGGGGGACCAGGCUCAGAGGAGAGUAAUGAAAGGUGUUGAUGAUCUGGACUUUUUCAUAGGAGAUGAAGCCAUAGAUAAACCUACCUAUGCUACAAAGUGGCCUAUCCGACAUGGAAUUGUUGAAGACUGGGACCUCAUGGAGAGGUUCAUGGAGCAGGUUAUUUUCAAGUACCUCCGAGCUGAGCCUGAGGAUCACUACUUUUUAAUGACAGAGCCUCCACUGAACACACCAGAAAACAGAGAAUAUCUUGCAGAAAUCAUGUUUGAGUCAUUUAACAUCCCAGGACUUUACAUUGCUGUGCAGGCAGUGUUGGCCUUAGCUGCCUCCUGGACAUCACGGCAGGUUGGGGAGCGGACUCUGACUGGAAUUGUCAUCGACAGCGGUGAUGGAGUGACCCACGUAAUCCCUGUGGCAGAAGGCUAUGUAAUUGGAAGUUGCAUCAAACAUAUUCCUAUUGCAGGUAGAGAUAUUACUUAUUUUAUUCAACAGCUUCUAAGGGAAAGGGAGGUAGGAAUUCCUCCUGAACAAUCUCUGGAGACAGCAAAAGCCAUAAAGGAGAAAUACUGUUACAUCUGCCCCGACAUAGUGAAGGAAUUCGCCAAGUACGAUGGGGACUCUCGCAAGUGGAUCAAACAAUACACGGGCAUCAAUGCCAUCAACAAAACCAAGUUUGUUAUAGAUGUUGGUUACGAGAGGUUCCUCGGGCCCGAAAUCUUCUUCCAUCCCGAGUUUGCUAACCCUGAUUUCAUGGAGUCCAUUUCGGAUGUAGUUGAUGAAGUUAUACAGAACUGUCCCAUUGAUGUCCGGCGUCCAUUAUAUAAGAAUGUGGUCCUCUCAGGAGGAUCCACGAUGUUCAGGGACUUUGGACGACGACUGCAAAGGGAUUUGAAGAGAGUGGUGGAUGCAAGAUUGCGGCUCAGUGAGGAGCUCAGUGGUGGUCGGAUAAAACCCAAACCAGUGGAAGUUCAGGUGAUAACCCAUCACAUGCAGCGUUACGCAGUUUGGUUUGGAGGUUCCAUGCUGGCUUCAACACCAGAGUUUUUCCAAGUAUGUCACACCAAGAAGGACUAUGAAGAGUAUGGCCCUAGUAUUUGUCGUCAUAAUCCCGUUUUUGGAGUCAUGUCAUAAUGCUCAUCCAGUGGAAAUAAGAUCUCUGAUACCAUGCUGGUGAAGAAACUCAUGCAGUGCAGAGGACGGCAGCAGAUACUGUAAAUACUGAACCAAGAUACAGUUAACUCUGAGGCAUUUGGAUCACCACUGUGCACUAAAGCACAGCUUACAGCCCCAAGUCAUUUCAGUAUGAGCCAUUUCUCUGCUGACUACUCAGAGCCUUUCCUUCUUUCUUCCUAAAUGUGAGGUAAUUGAAAAUAGGUAAGUCUUGGUUUAGGAGGUUGUGCAAAUACUACUGAAACUGAAUCUAGAAGAAUAAGGCAGUGGUUCCACUGCUUGUGGAAAGAUCUAAACCUUUCCCACUUGUGCCCUGCGUUUGCAAUCAAACCUUUAGCAAUGGAGCACUAAAUACCACAUUGCCUUUAGGGGAGUUGAAAUGGAUACAGGUACCUACCCAAAUGGAAUAAGUUGCAGGAUUGGGACAGUGCUUUGUAGAUUUUCAUAUAAUUUUGUA